AUGGCGUCUAAUCACAAGCAAUCCUUUCUCGCUCUCUGUCAUGAACACCAGAUUCUCAAAUUUGGCUCGUUCAAAGUAAAAUCUGGCCGCAUCUCGCCCUACUUUUUCAAUGCAGGCUCCUUUAGCACAUCCAGUCUACUCUCCUCACUCGGUACAGCCUAUGCACAAACAAUCGCAGACGCCGUCCGCCAUCCGACGUCGAGCACCACCAGCGAGCCUCCGCUCGACUUUGAUAUCAUCUUUGGCCCUGCGUACAAGGGCAUCCCACUCUGUGCUAUCACUGCCGUCAAACUUGCCGACCUCGACGCACAGAGGUUUGGCCAAAAGGAGUGGUGCUUUAAUCGCAAAGAGGUCAAGGACCAUGGCGAAGGCGGCAUGCUCGUUGGCGCCCCUUUGCAAGGAAAGCGUGUUCUCGUGAUCGACGACGUCAUCACGGAUGGCGCAGCGAAGCGCGAGGCCGUCGAGAUUAUCCGUCAAUGUGGCGGGACCUUGGCCGGUAUGAUCGUCGCCGUCGAUAGGCAAGAAACAACAGGAAAGGAGGAGAAUGGGAGGUUGAGCGCAUUGGGCGCGUUGAAGAAGGAAUAUAAUGUCCCUAUGCUCGCCAUUGUCACUCUUGCGGACAUUGUCAAGUACUCAGAGGAGAAGUUGAGUCCAGAGGAGCGAGAGGCGAUGAAUGCAUAUCGGGAGAAGUACGGAAGUGAGGAUAUCCUCGUGUGA